ACCACCAUCGGCCCUGGUUUGCUCUGCUGCUCGUUAAAUUCUGUGUGUUCUGCUAUUCCCUAUUUUGCCGUAGUCUAUUGUUGUUGUUGUUGUUGUUGUUGCUGCCGCCCCAUAUUGUUGUUAUCAUGGCUCGUAAUACCUCCGAAGCAAACUUGCAAAUUGCACCUGAAAAGCUUGAAGACAAUGCCAAGAAUUUGAGUGAUUUACCUGAUGACAUUCUUGGCCACAUCUUAUCCUUCAUGGAAACACGAGAAGCAGUUAGAACGAGUACAUUGUCGAAACGGUGGAAGUACGUAAGGACAUUCACUCCCAACCUCGUCUUCGAUGAUUUCCGCUUCUGGUUUAUAAAAGAAAACCUGUGGAAACAUGUUGGGGAUUAUGUAGCAAGGGAGAUCCACCUUCGAGGAUUCGUGAGAAGCUUUGGUUUUGAAGUUCGUCAUUAUGGAAUCGUUGCUGCCCUCUUGAGGUCUUGGAUCACGGAGCUAGUAAUGCGUAAUGUUCAAGAUGUUUCCUUGUUUCUCAAUUCAAGUGAUGAACACAAUGUGCUACCUGACUGCUUGUUUACUUGCAAAUCACUUGUGCAUUUUAAAUUUAGUAUAGGAGGGAUCGUUUCCCUCGAACUUCCCUCUACAAUAUAUUUUUCAAAUCUCAAAACAUUGAGUCUUAGAAAUGUUCGAUUCUUAAAUGAGCACUCGACGAACCAGUUGUUUUCUAGUUGCCCGGUGCUUGAAGAUUUAACCCUCAAUGACUGCCGUUGGUCGGAUUUCCAGCUUAUCAAUAUCUGUGCACCCAAGCUCUUGAGACUGACUAUAUUCGAACGUGUGCACUUCGGUUAUACUAGUCCUCAUGGCUGCCGGAUCACGGUUUUCGGACCUAACUUGACAGAUUUUGUUUAUGAUGGUGACUUUUUCAACGAGCAUUACUUGUACAAUGCAACAUCGCUUGAGAAGGCAUGCAUUAGGCAAGGAUGUGUGGAACACCACAAUCACUUAUACCAGCUUCUCCAAUGUCUCUCUAGUGUAAAAGAUUUAGAACUCGGUCUUGAUGAUUAUGAGGUUCCAAAAGGCGUAGGAGAGCUCUUGGAUGAUAUGCCCAUGUUCAAGAACCUAACCCGUUUGGAUGUAAAUGGCUUUGUUCAUGGAAGUUUGGUGCUCAAUUCUAACAUUGGACUGAUGAAGCUGCUGAAGAACUCUCCUCGUCUAGAAGUGCUUAAAGCUUCAUGGGUUUUUCGUCUACCCCUUGACCAAGAUGAUAUAAAUCCAAUGCCGCCAUGUUUCCGUUCACAUCUAAAGAUCAUCGAAGUUCAUAUAUCUGAUGGAAAAGAGUCAUACAAUGCACUCAAGAGUCUGUUAAGGAAUGCGCAUGUCCUGAAGAAGUUAGUUAUUUCAUUCUGUUGUGACUCAAAGAGAGAUAAAUUUUGGGAGCGCCGGAUAUUAAAGCUUCCCAAAAUAUCAAAAGAUUGUAAAGUGAUUGUUGAACGAUCAUACGAUGGCGGAGAAGACAAUUUUUGUCUAUUCCAUGAUAUCAAUGAGAUCUGAACCCGACUCAUAAGGCCGUAACCUCUAUCAUAUCAGUAUUCCAAAUAUCUAAUAGCUAGAUUCAUGCCCGGAUUUUGGGCAACUUCAUCGAAGUUCUGUUCCGAACAAAAAGAAAUUUUUGAAGUGUAAUGGGCCAAGUUAAUUGUCUGCCUUAGCUUAAUCGCUUAAUCUCAAUCAGCCGCUCAUUUUGUUCUUCUUGCAUGAUGCACAAGUUAGCUAAAAAAAAGUUUAA